AUGUCUGCUUCUACCACAGCUGAUGCAGAGAGUCCCUCAGCAAUAGUGAGAUGGGCUCAGACUAGACGACCUCGUCGCGACUCCGAGGAUUCGGUGAAGUCCAAGUUGGAACUCGCGAUAAGAAGGGCACCUGCUAAACGAAUUAAUAAUUCGUUUAUCUCUGAUCAGGCCAAUGCCUUCUUGAAAACCAAGAUGUGCCCUAAGCUCAGGAUGAAUGCUGAUGGCCUGUGGAGCUGUCCUCAAGGGGAUCGCUGCAGUUUCGCCCAUUCCGAGUCAGAGUUGAGAUUACUCCCGAAUCUCACAAAGACUGCUAUUUGCUACGAGCAGGUAUAUGGUAAAUGCGGAUGCAAAAACGGUGCUCUUUGCAAGUAUGCGCACAGCGAAGAAGAACUCAGGAAUUACGUACCGCUUGGUGCUCCUCAUGGACGACAAUAUAAUAACAACAGGCACGGUAGUGGCGGUUCUGUUUCUGGGUCUAAGAGGAAGAGUUCGCAGACCUGCGAGGUGAGAAAAUAUGUGCAUGGUUGA